GAUCCAGCUGUUCCAGUUAUGGCAGUUGGUGAUAAGCCACUAUGAACUGAGCACCUGGACAUAGUGUGAGACAGAGAUGAUUCAACCUGCACUCACACGUUUCCUCUUUGUGUUCGGACUCUUCCAGAAAGGUCUAACAUCUGUAAUCCAGUCUGUGGAGACUGUGGAGGAAGCAGUGGGAGAAGAUGCUCUCCUCAGCUGUCAGAUCCUAAAGUCUGAAAAUGUGGUGCAGGUCACAUGGCAGAAACAGACGAUGGAUGACGUGACCAAUCUCGCCACCUCCAACACUAUCUUUGGCUCCAGGGUGAUGUCAGACUUCAGAGACAGAGUGGAGGUGAAAGAUGGUGGACUGCACAGCCGCUCCAUAGUGAUCAAGAACGUGACGGAGGAGGAUGAAGGCUGCUACCUCUGCCACUUCAUCACCAAGCCUGCUGGAGCGUUCACUGGCAGAACCUGCCUCAGGGUCUAUGAGCUGCAUGAACCCGUUCUACACGUGAGAGAAUCAGAUUCAACUGAUGAGUUCCUGGUUUCCUGCUCCGCCACAGGACGACCUGCUCCAACCGUAACUCUCAACGUCACACAGCAAGACUUCUACCUCUCACAGAACCAAACUCUGUUGAUCAACACAAACGGUACAUUCACUGUCACUGCCACAGCCGUGUUGGCAGGUUUCAAUGAUGCUGGCAGACUGGUUGGAUGUGCCGUGCAGGUGCUCUCCUGUCGUAAAGAGGCGUUUGUGGAGAUUCCUGAUGUGAAACUGACGCCUCCCAGUGGUGUGGAUGAGGGAUCUGGAUCUGCUGGCAGAAGCUUCAUCAGGACGUGGAUUGUGGUAGUGACCUGCCUUUGUGCUGCUUCAGUCUUAGCUGUCCUGAUAAUACGAAAACUAAGCAGCAGAUCCUUCAGUCCGUCACCCAGAGGCCAGGAGAUGAUUGAGGUUCCUCAAACUGCAGACGCUGAUACGGCCCAAGAAGCUUUGUCCCCACCAGUGGAGAGUUCGGUCAGAAAACGGACACCUCCUUCAGAAGAUAGACAGAACAUAGCAAGAACCUGAGUCGCCUUCAAAUGUCAGAAUUCUUCAAUCUGACCAGUAGGUGAAGCUCAGGUCUCCACUGAAAGUUCAAUGUUGUCUACUGUAGACGGAGUUUCUUCAUCCAGAGAUAUUUCAAUUUCCUUUUUUAUUUUCAUGUUCCAUCUGUUGCGUGUUAGUGUGUUCGACCCUCUACUCUAAAGUCCGUUUUGACUCCAGACUUUCUGCAGAAGUUAGGGGGCAAAAAAAUGUGUCUGCUUUCAGACGUGCACUGAACUUCAAAGAUCCUCCAGACGAUUCAACAACUACAAUGAGUCAUAUGAUGAGGUUGACUAGAUGUGUGUCACUUUGUGUGUUUCUGUUGUGAAGAGCAGUAGUGUAGUGAUUAGGUUCUCAGCAUUUUGAUUGUGUUGUUUUGGUGGUGUAAGGGUUUACGUGUGUUUUUUUAUUGACUGAUAUCUAGAUAGUUUCUGUUCCUUUUUUACAUUUGUCAUUGUGCAUUUAUUUUUUAAUAUUCAAGGUUCUUAGUAGAGCUAUAGUGCUAUACAAGAAGAGAGAGUGGAGUCAGCCGAGGUCUUACUUGAUACUUGAUACGUGUCAAUUUCAUAUUGUUCUUGGAAGUUUGUGGAUGCUCAUUUUAUAUUGUUAAAACGAGUCAUUCUUUUUUUUUAAAGACAUAAUGUUGAACUGCGCCUUGUUCACUUACAGUAGUUCUAAAUACAGAGGGGAGAGGGAUAUUUAUAUAUUGUGGCUGAUGUUUUUCUGGUUAUUUUGUUUAAGUUGAUGUUUCCCCACUUUUGUUUGCACUAUUGUGUUUUUUCUACAU